UUAAGUAAAAGAGUCAACAAAGAGAAAUAUACACAUUUUCCCAGAAUCGAAAGCACACAGAUCAGGAAAGAGAGAAGAAAGGUCACUCGACUGGGUUUUUAAAAACAGUGACAGAGGGUACCACUGUUUGUCAGUUUCCAGCUCAAUGUAAGCCUUGUAAACUCACAUCUCUCUUCAGGGGGCGAGCGGACCUUAUCCAGGGAGACCCCUCUGCCAUUUGGUGGCUGAGGGGUGGCACCGAGACAAACGAGGGUCGAUUUGACUUAUUAACUGUGUCAAAAUUAGACCACAAAACAAAACAGAGCAACUGUGUGAUAGGAAAAAGAAAAGACAGGCUUUGCUUCCUGUUUUUCAAAGGAAGUAAGGUGCAUAUCAGAACAAGAGUCAAAUUCUCUCUUUGCGAAGACAGAAGGACCCGGCAAGCUGUACUUUCCCACUGAGAGUUAGCGAAGAGCAGCCGCAUGCCAAUCCUCUGAGAGCACAGGAAGACGGCUGCUUUCAUUUUCACUACCUUUCCUGCCCAGAGAGCCCGAGCAGCGAUGGCCGACAAGAAAUCAACCCAAGAUACAGUCAAUGAGAUAAAGGGCAUUGCCAGCAACAUGCUGAGUAGCCUCAUUGACGGCUGGAAGGAAAACAAAGUGUUAAAUAAGCAAGAGUUACGAACAUUAGGGAAAAGACUGAAUGUCAUCAUGGAUAAGACUGAAGACCUGGUUGAUGAUUUCAGUGAGAAAUCUGAAGUAGUAGGAAAAAUAUUAAUGAACCGUGUCUUCGGUCCCAAGAGCCAGGUAACUUUAGAAAUUCUUGAUGAAAAUGUGAAUGAUGAAUCUGGGAGAAUCAAGUCAUCUUCCUCUUCAACAGUUUUUCAGGAAAUCCAGGCUUCCCAAACCAACAUGCUGAGGCUUGGUCCUUGUAGCCAUUUUGAGGAACCAAAGGCGGUGAAGGCACAUGAGAUAUAUCCAGUGAUGGAGAAGGAGAGCCGAACACGCCUGGCCCUCAUCAUUUGCAACAAAAAAUUUGAUCAUCUUUCUGAGCGACUAGGCUCUGAAAAGGAUGUUUCGGGGAUGCAAGACCUGCUGGAAAACCUUGGAUAUUCAGUGGUUCUAAAGGAAAAUCUCACCGCUCUGGAAAUGAAGGCCGAGCUGGAGCAGUUUGCAGCCCGCCCAGAGCACCGCUCCGCAGACAGCACAUUCCUGGUGUUCAUGUCUCACGGCAUCCUGGACGGGAUCUGUGGGACCAAGCACAAGGACAAAGAGCCAGAUAUCCUUCAUGACGACACCAUCUUCCAAAUUUUCAACAACCGUAAAUGCAGGAAUCUAAAAGACAAACCGAAGGUCAUCAUCACACAGGCCUGCCGAGGCCGAGGCAACGGGGCCGUCUGGGUGACGGAUGUGGGAGAAGCGUCUGCAUGUCCAGACAACGAGCUGCCGCUGCGCUACAUCUUCAGCGAUGCCAUAGAAAAGACCCAUGUGGAGAAGGACUUCAUUGCUUUCAAAUCUUCCACUCCACAUAAUGUUUCUUGGAGAAUGAACACAGAUGGCUCUCUCUUCAUUUCCCAGCUUAUCCGCUGCUUCAAAAUGUAUUCUUGUUGUCAUCAUUUGGAGGAGAUUUUCCGAAAGGUUCAAAAUUCAUUUGAGACUCCAAAUAUAAUUACCCAGAUGCCCACCAUUGAGAGACUCUCCAUGACACGAUAUUUCUACCUCCUCCCUGGGAAUUAAAACUCAUACACAGCAUUUCAGGAAAAGUGAGCCAUUAUGUUCUGGAUGAAUCUGCUACUUUAAAAGGUGAAUGCUUGCUCGUGAAUGUUUUUAUACCAAACUUCCCAAGUGCCCACCCUCAACCAAGGCCAAGUGAAAAAUCAUUGUCAUAUUGUUGCUGAAUUAGUACUUAAUAAA